GUGCCGGCCGCCCUGAGAGCACAGCCCCAUGCAGUGCCCUGGAGCCUCUCGCCCACCUCUGCCACCCACCGUGGUCCCCACGACCACCCCAUGUUCCGUUCACGCCGUGCUGGGCUGGUGCGGAGGCUGUGGCAGCAGCGCUGUGCAGCAGCCAGCGCCGAGGAUGGCCCCGGUGCCCUCAAACCAGCGGUGCAUGCCCUCUUCAAGAAGCUGAAGGAUGAGGAGCUGGAGCUGCUGGUGCAGGUGGUGGAGAGCCAGGGCGCCUGGGAGUCUGGCUGCGUUUUGGCACCACGGGGGGACCCACGAGGGGUCAAGCAGGGACUCCCUCCUCAAGUCCUGCUCUGUCGCCUCUUCCGCUGGCCUGACCUCCACCAGUCCCAUGAGCUCAAGCACCUCUGCUACUGCGCUGGGGGCCAGGGGGCCUGUGGGGACUUGGCUGUGCUGUGCUGCAACCCUCAUCAUUUCAGCCGCCUGGCUGUACCUGAAACCCCGCCACCCCCAUACUUGAAGGCAUCCUGUGGUCCCUCAUGGCCAGAUGAGACCCAGCUCAUGGAGUUCAGCUACAACGGUGGGGACUGGUGUGACACCAGUCUCUCAUGGAGCACCAUCAAGGACGGCUGUUGGUGCAAACUGGCUUACUGGGAGUACCGGACACGCGUGGGCCGCCUCUACGCCGUGCACGAGGCAUCAGUGAACGUCUUCUGUGAGCUGCCGUGGGGCAGUGGCUUCUGCCUGGCCCAGCUGCCUGCUGCCUAUCGCAGCUGUGCUGUCCGGCGGGCACGUGGCAAGAUUGGCCGGGGGCUGCUGCUGAGCCAGGAGCCAGGUGGUGUCUGGGCGUACAACCGCAGUGAGCACCCCAUCUUCAUCAGCUCGCCCACCCUGAGCCCCCCUGGUGCCUGCGGGCUCACUGUCCUCAAGGUGCUGCCUGGCUACUCGGCAAAGGUGUUCGAUUAUGAGUGGGCAGGGGACAGAGGGGGCUGGCAGCUACCUGGGGAGGGACCCUGUGACCCCCACAGUAUCCGCAUCAGCUUUGCCAAGGGCUGGGGACCCUGCUACUCCCGGCAGUUCAUCACCUCCUGCCCAUGCUGGCUUGAGGUCCUGCUGAACCAGCCACACUGAGGCUGGGGCUGGUGGGGGGUGCCAGGGAGCUCCCCAAAAGCAGAUUCACAAGCUGGGGGGCCCUUCUACUGUUCCUCAGCCUGUGUCUUCCAGGGCUGUGUUGGAGCAGGAUCAUCCUGGCUCUGGGGACUCUCUGCCUCAGUGCUAACUGGAUGCAAUGCCCCCCUUGCACGGGUCACCACCUUGCCAGCACCUGCUUCCCCCAGCCAUGGGGCUCUUAGUGAUGCAGGGCACUAUUUAAUGUAUUUUAAAUAAUUUUAUUAUUUUAAUGUUUAAGUUUAUAUUAAUUUAUCUAUUUUUAUUAAAAAAGCAAAGCAUGGGGCAGGAGUCCCCAUUGUCAGGGGCAGGAGUCCCCAUUGUCAAGGCCAGGCCUGGGGGGGUGGCAGCCAGGGCCGGUGGGCACAGGGGGAACAGGAGGGAAGGGAGUGGGGAGAAGGAGGGAGCUGUGGGCCUAGGUAUCACUGCAGACAAGAGUAAACUGGUAUGGCUGGGGGGUGGGGCAGGUGAGCACAGCUGGAGUGUGGGGCAGGUUAGAACAUCUGGAUAGGUGUGAGGCAGGUUAGAGCAUCUGGAUAGGUGUGAGGCAGGUGGAAUGGGGGGGGGCAGGUGAGCCCCCGUGGGUGGGGAUUGGUUCAGGCAUAUCCAAGCUAGGUCCCAGGCCCGGGGGGUCCUUCAAGCGUUCUGGCAGCAUGGGGGAGCCCCGAGCAAGUGCAGCCGAGGGGAUCCCGGAUUGCCCGAGUCGUGUCUGCUGUUUUUAACCUAAAUAAACGGUGCCACCGGCACCAAGAGAC